GGGGUCCAAAUAUAUUGUUCCUUAAUUGCAACAAACUCAUGUCAUGAAAAAUGUUUUGUGUCAAAGAUUUUAAAAGUGGUGAGACUCUGUAAAAGUUCAGUUUCUUAAUGGUUUGAAUGAAAGCACAUAAUAACAGAGGCCAAUCAUAAAGAUCUCAGCUGUUCGCAAAUUAUGUUUUAUUUUAGUUUUGGGGGAAACAUCGUUUUAAUCCAUCUAAUCCUUUUAGUCUCUUGAUUAUUUUUCUUCUGUUUUCCAUAUUCACAGUUGAUUUAAAUUUUCUAUUUUCACCAACUUCAAUGAGUGUUAAAUAGCUAGAACUUCCCUGGAAGUCGUACAGCAGGAGAUUUUGAUUCCCAUCACCAUCCAGCUUCAAUGUAAUGUUUGUUUUUCUCAAUCACAGAAAACCUUGUUUUUAUUAAAGCUCCAGUAUUUUUUGUUGUUUUUAAUAUUUAUUUAAUCGUGUUUGCUUUUUUUGUCCCUUUGCAGACUUCAGAAGCCAAAGAUGAGUUCAUUAUUUUUUUGACUCUACUUGUGUGUUGGAAUGUCAGCAGCAAAACGUACCGUAGCCACGGCAACACAUGUAAUACAGAUUUAACGUUUUGAUAUGCACACACCCACAGCCGGAAGCGUGAACAGAACCACCCAUCCAUCUACCCAACGACAGCAGUGAGACUACAGAAUCAGUCCUCAGCCCUUCCUGGGCCAGAGAGUGAUCUAAUGGAAAGAUUAAUUUCUGACCUGAGGAGGUCAACAGCUCCCACAUGUCAGUCCAGUUUACACAGUUGUAUGUGGUGAAAGGGUAUUCACAUAUAUGAAAGCAUUGAUCUCUGCCCUGUUGUAUUUAUUACACACAAUACUGUGAAACAGUAUUGAUCCCAAACACGCACAGAUUAACAUUUUAGGAGGAGAUGAUCCAAAGCAACCUGUGUUGAUGUGGAAAAAUUAAUGGACACCUAACCUAAUAACAGUCGGUGUCAAGAACUAAAAUCAAGCAUUACAUAUGACUGGGAUUGAGCUUCCCUGGACGGUGAGGGAAUUUCAGCUCACCUUUAUUUGCGGGACUGAAUUCAAUCCCAUUGGAAGGGUUUCUGUGCAUGAAUGGCCUGUUUAAGGUCAAUGGUCAGAUAUUCAGGAUUUCCUGGUAGAGCAGGAAAGCAGCCCCAGACCAUCACACUACCACCUCCAUGUUUGACUGUUGAUAUCAUGUUUUUAUGUGAAAUGCGGUGAUAACAGAUGUGAAUUUACACACACCUUCCAAGAUGACGUGAGAUGAGCCUUUGUAUACGUUUUGGUCAGCAGAGGUUUUGGACCUUACCAUGAAGCCAUUUCUGAAUCAUGACCCCUCAACUUAACUUUACUAAGUGAGCCCUGCAGGUGAUUUAGUUGUUUAGGGUUGUUUUUGCUCUUAAAUGAGACCAGGAUACACUGCCUAGCAAGAAAAAAGUUACCACCUGCAUUUAACUAAGCAAUUAGGCACAAGCCUCCUAUUGGAUAAUUACAGCAUGGGUGAUUAUCUUUCAGCUGGCAAUAAGUUAUUUAACCCAGCACCCAUCAUGCCUAGUGCCUACUGUACAAGCCUGCAGGGCAGUGUUGUGAUCUGGGCUUACUGCAGGUGGUCAGGUCUUGGUUCAGCAACAGAUUCAGAUUUCAGAUUUAUUGGCCAAGUAAAAGUACAUUUACAAGGAAUUUGUCUUCGGUAGAUGUUCGCUCUCUAAAACAUACAACAACCACAAUAAACGAGAAUAAAAAUACCUAAAAACACAUAAGAACAUGUAUACCCACACCCAUGUUCAUUUACACACACAUACAUAUAUACUUAUAUACAUACCCAACAGGAUGUGUUACAAUAAUGAGGUCAGCUGACUUCCUGAAGAUACUGAAUGACCAGGUUAUUUCAUUUUCCCUGGUGACAUGGGCUUAUUCCAAGAUGAAUAAACUCAAAUAGUGAAAGAGUGGUUCAGGGAGCAUGCGACAUCAUUUUCACACGUAGAUUGGCCACCACAGAGUCCAGACCUUAACCCCAUUGAGAAUCUUUGGGGUGUGCUGGAGAAGGCUUAGUGCAGCGGCCAGAUCUACCAUCAUCAAUGCAAGAUCUUGGUGAAACAUUAAUGCAACACGGGAUGGAAAUCAGUCUUGUGAUGUUGGAGAAGCUUAUCAAAACAAUGCCACAGCAAAUGUGUGCAGUAAUAAAAGCUAAAGGAGGUCCAACAAAAUAUUAGAAUGUGUGACCUUUUGUUUUGGUGUCGACUUAGCUCGGCAGUGUAUGAUGCUUUUUGAGAUCUUUUAGCCUAUUUCAUGUUUUCAGCCAGGUUCUAUUGGAGUGAUUUGUUUAUUCCAUGGGUCUGGAACUAGUCAGGUUUGGUACAUGGUACUCAUCUCUUCAAAUAUUGUGGUUGUUUUUUUUUUUCAUGAUACAUCAAUGAGCAGGGUUUUUUUCACAUAAGACCCGGUCGUUUUCAAUAAUUUUUUCUGCUUUAUUUAAAUGAAAUCAUAAUUUUUUAAUCACUAAUGUUAUUGUUUUUUGGACUAUUUAUUUUUCACAGCAUUAUCAUUUACUUUGCAAAAUUAAAAUUAAUGAUGCGUCUUUAUAAACCACAGUAAAUAAUUUCAAUUUUUUCUUACGUGCUCAGCUAUACAAACUGUGACAUCAGAUUCACUAGUUGUUGGCUUGUCUUCCACUCAUGGUUUUCUUCCAAAUUGGAAAACAUAAACAACGUUCCUGUCUAAUUGGUUAGAAAAAAAUUGUUGCAAUGGCCCUUACUUACACUGUGACCCAACAACGAGCCUCCCAAUUAUGGAUUUAAAAAGCAUGAAUAAUACCUCUCUUCGUACUGUGACGGCAGCCCAUUGUUUGUGAGUUGUGUUUGCCUGCUGUGGGUGACCUCAAGGAAGGAAAGUGGCUCAGGGGUGUGAAUAGACGAGUCCCUGGCUGCUGUCAAUGCUGCUUUCCAUUUGACUGGGAGGAUAGCUUCGUUAGCACCUGAAAGGCCUUUUGUUCAUGUAAAUAUGGCCAUUGGCUUGAUUUGAUUCCUGACUGCUUUAAAAAUUUGCCUGACCAGAUGUUUUUUUUCUCUGUCCAGUGAGCAUGUCUUUUAUUUGGUAAACUAAAGGAGGAGAUUUGUCAUCUCCUACUCACAUAGGCCUACUCUUUGAUCAUUUUCAUUUAUUUUUCUCUUAGUCGUCUCCAUAAAAAUGCCAUGUGUUUUAAAUACAGAUAAAACCACACUUUCCUAUUUGUUCUGUCAUUUGGUUGUGUGAAAUGCCCUGACAUCACUGUCUGAGCUUAUCUCAUACAUAUAAACAAAGCUUCCCUCCAGUAGACACACAAACUAGAGGGCUAUGUCUGUUUCCUGGGUAGAGUUGUCCUAAAGCCGUCCUGGGGGCUUUUGGGUGCAAAAGUGAAAUAUUUGGGUGCGAUAAUGGUCCUCAUACAUAUGAGUUUGAAACUUUUCACCUUUCAAAGUAAGUUUGAGUAGCAACCUUUGCACAUUAAAAGAGGUACACCUUUUUCUCAAUUACAGAAAUAAAGUUAUCAUGAAUGAGGGCCAAACAAGAUUAAGAUCGGCAAAUCUCAUAAAUGAAUUAAGUUAAAAGGAUUUACUAUGUAAAGCCAUGCUUCUUCCCCCCUUUUUUGUUUCAACUCCUAAAACCAAGUCUGAAAACACCUGACGUUCAAAUCAACCCGUCUUUAAAAGUGUUGCCCUUCUGAGAUAAAGACAAAAUGUUCUUUACAUUAACCCUGAUCACCUCCUUACUCUAAAACAAGACAGUUAAACAAGCUUCCCUCCAACUUUUGCUUCGUUCAUAAAACACAGGAUUGGGUGAAGGGCAGAGGCUAUGCUCACACCAGCCGAGAUGCCAUGUAGCAAAAAGUCUCUGAAAAUAAGUAUUUUAUGAAUUAAGCACAUAUUUUAAUGACUAGAAUCUGUUCAUUAGAACGCUGUAUAGGCUGUAUAAAUCAGGGUUGGUAGGUUUUUGAAUGAAAAACAAAUUGUAAACUUGUGAAUGAGUGUGUCGUUCAUGAGAUGUAGCUGUUCACUAUACUCUGGUAUUAUUUGAAGUAUGUGCAAUACAGAGUAAAGGAGGUUCUUAUGAUACUGUCUUGCAUUUUAUCCCAUUGUGCUUCUUAAAGUUGUAUUGUUUGUAAAUAUGAAUAAAACCAGAGUAAAAUUGUCAUCUUUUACAAUGCUGUAGGUCUAUUUAUACUAUCAAGAUUGUUCACAUGUAUAAUGCAGAGGCACACUGUUCAAUAAAAAUGCACAAAAUACUUUCUCAAACAGUUUUUCAUGUCUGUCUUUGCAUUGGUGUUUGGGAUUUUUUGUAAUAACUUAUUUAUUAUUUUAGAAAACUGAAAUAAUUAGAGAUAUUCAUUUUAUAUUGUGUUUCUUUUUGGGUUUUCUUCAAAUUAUAAAUCUGAGUCAAAACUUGGACAAGUUUGGUCAAAAGUGGGUUUUCCAGGUGCGUUACUUCUUUAUUAUGAUUUUUUUUUUUUGUCAUUUCACAAAACCCUUAAUCAUAACGUAAAACUUACUCAUGGACAGGUCGGUUUUAGUCACCUUUCGAUGGUUAUGUUUUACGUAACCAGAUUUUAUUUUUUUACAUUGUUACGUAAACCACGGCAAGAGUAAAACUCUCCAUAGUUGUCGGAAAUAUGAUCUAAAUGUCUCUGAACCUGCGUUCCCUAACUGUGGUUUUAGACCUGUUUCCACACAACAACGUUGCAGCGACCGUCUGAUGGAUUUUGAAUGAAAUGGUUCUCCCGUCCAUCACAACAACACGGAAUGUUGCCGCUGUCGCGAGACGCACCACGAUUGGUUACAGGAGGCGGAAAGCUGCAAUCUGAUUGGCCUAUACGAGCUAAAGAGGCGGGACCAUUUAAGCUGCGACUGUCAAGAUUGGCAAAGAGCUCGCGUUGCUGCUGCGUUCAGGUAAAAAAAAGGGAGCAGGCGACAGAAAAAAAUAGAAACAUUCAUCCUGGCAGAAAGCGAGGAGUGAGAUGGAAACCUUUUCUUGUGGCCAAACCUAAACAGAAGAAUUUUAAUGUGACUCGAAAAAGAGGAGGAAGCUGAAGAGGUGUUGGAAGAAAGUGUCAUUCUCAUCGUUUGGCUCCUUUUUGUAGCUCAACUUGGACAGCUGCUUGUUUUCCAGCGAGCCCAUCAACAAAGAAUGAAAGCGUUUAAACGAGCUCUGGAGGAUGAUCUUCAUCCGGACCAGGAGCACUCUUCAGCCAUGUCAGACAGCGAUGAGGGAUCCCUGCUUGACCCGUCGGGAAGGGGGCUCCUCGGGAAGCGGCGCCGCCGUGGCAACCUGCCCAAGGAAGCAGUGCAGAUUCUUCGGAGCUGGCUGUACGAGCACCGCUUCAACGCCUAUCCGUCGGAGCAAGAGAAACUCAGCCUGUCGGGUCAGACCAAGCUCUCCGUGCUGCAGAUAUGCAACUGGUUCAUCAACGCGCGUCGCCGCCUUCUCCCCGAUCUUCUUCGUAAGGAUGGCAAAGAUCCAACCAAGUUCACCAUCUCCCGUAAGGUCUGCAGUAAAAUCGAAGGCCACCUGUCCAGCGCAGCGAGAGCCAGCUCUCCAGAGGCCAGCGUCUCUUUGCAACAGCGCCCGUCUGUGAUUCGCUCUGCACCCACUUUGGACCUCAAUCUCCUGGGGAACACGGCCACAGCGAUUCUGACUGGAGCAGGCUACCCUGGUAAGCAGGGGUCGGUGCAGGCGCUAAUGAAUCUGGACACGCAAAGUCUGCUGAGGGAAGCUGAUGAAACGGGCCCCGCCAGCUCAACAGCGGCAGCCAGCUCCUCCAGUGGCCUCUUCAACACGCCUCCCCCUACUCCUCCUGAGCUGUUCCCUACACAGGACUUCAGUGACCUGAGGCUCCUGGUGGACGCUGCUCUCCAACGAGCUGAAGAGCAGGACAGACUCAAGGAGGUUCAGGAUCUGCCGCCAGAGGCUUUAAAGACCGCACGCAGUGCUUACAGCAGCGACCUGGGCCCGACCCCGCCUCCAGAAGAGCAGGUCAUGGAUCCCUCUAGAGUUCAGAGUCUAAUGGAGAAGGCUAUGGCUGUUCCAGAGUCAGCUGGAGUGUCGAUAAAAUUCCCUGUGUCCUUGGGAGUGGCUGCACCGUUCUCAGCCUUGAGGAUUUGUCCUCAGCUGGAAGCCGUCAGAGCGUCCAGCCCACACCAGCCCCAGCUCAACCCAGCCGUGGUGCCAGGGUCUGCCUAUGGCCUGGGGCAGCUAGAUGCGCAGAGACCAGCUGCUGCUCCAGUGGUCAGCGCAGCCUUGCAAUUGGAUUCAACUUCUGUCCCACCUUCUUCCACAUGUCCGGUUUUAGAAUCACUCGUCUCUGCACCGGUCACGAGUCCCGCCUCAACCUCUGCUACAAGUCAGGACACACACUCGGCCUCUAAAGGAGUCUCGCUCCUCCUGCCGUUCCAUAAAACUCCGGGAAACGCUCUGUGUGUUCCAUCCCCCGGUUCUGCGUCGGCUGCAGCCCGCUUGGGCCUCGCCCCUCCUUUGCUGCCCUCCUCUGGUGCUCAGCGGAGUUCAGCCGUGGUGCCCAAUGUUUGGAGCAUGGUUCACUCAAACACCAGGCAGGUGGUGAAGACCCCAAUGACUACAAUGUGGGGGCCGCAGCACAGCCUGCACACAAUGAGUGAAGCUGUCAACUAGGGUUUUUUUUUUUAGCAGAAUGUAUCUGAAGCCUCAGUCUGCACAUCAAAGUCCCUCUGACAGGCUUGAGAUGAUUCAGAGACGCUGACGUCGAUGCAUUUCCUCAGUUUAAAUGUCUUUUCCUGGGGGGGGGGGUUGUACAAAAUGUGUAUUUUUAGCAGAGCAGAGCUGGCCUCUUCAGUAGCAGGGCUGGACUUGGUUGAAUGUACGAAUGACAUUGAUGUCAUUGGUUAAAUCUUCCCCAGAAGAGUUUGAUUUAGUUUAAGAAAAGGUAGACGCCUCUUUUUUUUCAACUUCCGUGUCUUUGUAAAGCAGCGACUGAAUGGACCCCCCCCCCCGGUUCUCCCCAUCGCUCGUCCUCCGUCAUGUCAUCUCAGCUGCUCUGCACGUUCCCGUCCUGGAUGAAAUUUCAAGUAUUGUCUAUCAAACGCAUAUAGAGCCUGUAUGAUUGGAGCCUUUAUUCACUCGUCACCAUUUCUCUGACGUUUCUUGGAGUUUAUGUUUUUUCACAUUCGAAUGUCUUGUGAAAAAGGUUAAUUAUUGCGUACGUGUUCUUAACAGAGGUAGCACACUUAGAUGAUUUGUGUCAAUCUGAUGCUAGUUUCUGUAGGGGUUCCAUUUUAACCCAUUAAGCUGUAGUUUCUGUGAAACCACCAUAUACUGCCGAAAGCUCCAACAGCUGUAGCACGAGAGAACAACUGAAAUCUCUUUCAUUAAUGCUAUUGCAGAAUUGUAAUGUAGCACGUUUGUGUUUUCCAGUAUGUGUGUGCGUUGUUGUGAGGCCGGAGGAAGUCUACGGUUAGCUCGACUGAUUUUUUUUCUUUUGUUUUGUGCAGACAAGUAAGGAUGGACGUCUUGUUGCACACUCUGGGUAGAAUAGUCCGCAUUUAUACCUCAUUUUACACGUUUCCCAUCAGGCUUGGGUCGUACGUUGUGGUGAUGUUUUAGUUUUCCGACAACGUGGAUGCACUGUGAUGCCUUUGUGGAUGUGGUGCUGGAUAAAUGCUGGUUAAAGGGAUACUUCGGAUCCUGUGGAGUGGGAUUCUGUUGAAACAUUGUGUACAAUUCCCUAACAGUCACUAACUCUGUGAAACAUUUCAGUUUGAACAAAGUGGUUAGUUUUCAUUGGAUUGACAAGCUAAUGGCUAGUCAGAGUAGGGCCAGUUACAAUGUGGAUUACUGCUUCUUUAAACAACUUCUUUAAAAAGAAAUCUCCCUGUUAUGAGUGCGAAUGGAAACUAGCAUUAGCUCUUUCAGUACAUAGUUUAUAUUUCUGCCAGAAUAACCAUGAAAUGCAACAGCAGUGUGAAAGUUUACAAGCUAGCAUUUGUACGAACCAUUCUGGAAUUAUUUGGGUUUAAAAUAGAUUUAAUCCAGCAGAAAAUCCCGUUGUAACCGUUCCUUCUUUGUAUUAUUAUUAUUUUUUUUAAUUUUAUUUUAUUUUUUAUAUUUUUUCCUUGACUCCUUGAGAAGGUUCUCCACUCCGAGAGGAUUCAGAAUGCUUACCUGCUGCUGGUAGCAUCCUAUGCCAACAGCGACUCUACAAAACCCCGCUUCACAUAAUCUGGAUUAUUCUUCUAGGUUUUAUACGGUGAAGUUUGUAUCAGGUUUUAACUGCAAACUGACAUUUAUGAGUAAAAGAUGUGCUGAUGUAAAUAUGUUGAUUUUUCUUUUAUGUAAUAGUAAGAGCCCUGUCUCGUACUGUAGUUUUACAGCCAAACGCGUUCUGAAUGUUCAUUUCCAAGUUCAUGUUCUAGGUCAUGACUGACUCUGUGCCUUAAGCCCUCGACCGAGGGAUGAUGUCCUGGUUUUAUUCUUAUUUUCUUAUAUAUAUAUGAAUAUAUUAAACACUCAAUAGUCUGUGCAAUAUACACUUUAAACUUAAAAUGUGUUUUGUAUGAUCAUUUCAAAAAAUAAAAGUUUCCUUUUU